UGCCAUCACUAAUGAACAACAACUAUUUGCUUGAUAAAGUUCGACAUAGUCGUUGACGAAAUUAAAUUUUAAGAAAAAAGUAGGAAAGAAAAGAUAAUAAGUUAUGGCAGACAGGCUAACUCAACUGCAAGACACCGUCAAUCAACAAGCCGAACACUUUUGCAAUGCUAUCGGUGUAAUUCAGCAAACUUCAUAUCCCAGCAAGUUUGCAAAUUUCGACAGGACAGGCUCACAGACACCCAUACAGAACCCGCCCCAGGAAGAUUAUGCUCAACUAUUCGCCCAGCUUAUAGCUCGAUGUGCUAAGGACAUUGAUACUCUAAUCGAAUCAUUGCCCAAUGAAGAUAGUUCUAUUGAAUUACAAAAUUCGAGUCUUAAGCGACUAGAGAUUGAAAAUCAAGAAACUGCUGAGAAUCUUGAACAAGUUGUUCAGAAAGGAGAAUUACUACUGGAGAAGAUUCAAUCAGCUCUGGGGGAUAUUGCUCAAUCACAAUUGGAUAUGCAAAUAACAUUAAAACCCAGCUUAAAAUGAUAUUUGGGCUCUUUAAGCUAAUAGUGGUUUAUUUAAGUAA